GAGAGAGAGAGAGAGAGAGAGACUAUAGGAACGCAGCAGCUCGUGUGUGUGUGUGUGCGCGCGAGCGCGCGUGUGUGUGUGUGGAGGUACGCUCGCUCGGUGGUUAGAAACGACUGGCGGGGCGGAUAUGGAGGGGCUCGGGAAAAACGCUGGGAACUGACCGAGCACCGAGACGAAGAGAGGGGGAACGAGAAGAGAGAGAGAGAGAGAGAGAGAGAGAGAGAGAGAGAGGGAGAGAGAGAGGAAGGACGGACGGACAGCACGGAAGGAAGGAAGGAAGGAAAGGAGAGGAGGAGAGGAGGAGGAGAGAGAGAAGUGUGACAGAGGAGAGGAAGAUUGUGAAGAAGGGGCUCGUCUGGAACACAGAAGGAUCCUAAGGAGUGAGCCCUGGGCUGGAUGGGACCCACCAUGCCCCCCAGUAAGAAGGCGCAGAGCCCCAGUAGUGGAGCCAGUGCCUCGCAGGGUAUGAGCCCGCCGUACCGGCAGGGGGACGCCGCCACGGCAGCAUCCGAGGCGGAGGCGGCUGACCUCUCCCUGUCCCUGUCCGCCUCCUUCUCCAAGGCCGAGGACGAGGAGCUCACCAGCCUCUCCUGGCUCCACGAGAGCACCGACCUCCUCAACAGCUUCAGCCACUCGGGGCUGCGUAGCGUCUCCCCCCUGCAGGACCCCGACGGUCAGCACCCGCGCUCCCCUUCUUCCUCGUCUCCCUCCCCGGACGACCCCCUGCUCGGCGAUGCACACUCGGCGUACGACUUGGCAGCAGGGGCGAACAGAAAACCGCCGUACUCCUUCAGCUGCCUGAUCUUCAUGGCCAUCGAGGACGCGCCCAAUAAGCGGCUGCCGGUGAAGGAUAUCUACGGCUGGAUCCUGGAGCACUUCCCUUACUUUGCGAGCGCCCCAACAGGCUGGAAGAACUCAGUGCGCCACAAUCUGUCGCUCAACAAGUGUUUCAAGAAGGUGGAUAAAGACCGGAGCCAGAGCAUAGGCAAAGGCUCUCUGUGGUCCAUAGAUCCGGAGUACAGACACAACCUGAUCCAGGCGCUGAAGAAGACGCCGUACCAUCCGUACUCGCCGGGCCUGGCCACCCCCUCCACCUCCCCACCCACCCUGCCUCAGACAUUUCACCACAGUCCUCCAUUGUGGUCGGGGAGUCCCCUCUUCAGAAAGAACGGAGGAGUUCUCCUACAAGUUCCUCGUGGUGUGAUCCAAAAUGGCGCCCGUGUAAGGAGCCAGGCACUCUUCCCUGUGAUCAGACCCCUACCUGUAAGCCCCGUGGGGAGCAGAACCUCUGCCAUCAGAUCAUCCCUGGGAGAUUAUCUGAGCCGAGGACAGGACAGCCCAUCCCGCUACUCCCCUCCGCCCGGCAGUGAGGACCUCCAGGACGACCACACUUACAGCACCGCCAAAUCCCCCAGCAGGCUGUGCAACUCCCAAGCUGACCCUUCUUCCCCCCUGGACGACGACGACAUCAUCGCCGUGGAGAUCCAGUCAGACGUCAAACCCGAGCCCAGGGAGAUCCCUCUGGAUUCUCACGUCAGUGCUGCCGCCGCAGCCGCCUACAUUUCCCAGCAGCCCCUGCGCGGACAGAGACGUAGUUCGGGGGCGGGCGCUGGGACUCUGGCAGGGAGCAGUUUGCCCUGGACCAAAAACCGAGCGAGGGGCAUUAGCGACACGCUGCCGCUGAAGAAGCGGCGUGCGGCGGCCGUGGAGAAGCCGCCGGAGAGCGACGACGAGGAGAUGAAGGAGGCGGCGGGGUCGCUGCUCCACCUGGCGGGCGUCAGAGCCUGCCUCAACAACAUCACAAAUCGCACCGCCAAGGGCCAGAAGGAGCAGAAAGAGGCCCUGAGAAACUAAGACACAGAUAUACAUCACAAGUACAUAGUCAUGCACACACACAAAGCACACACACACACACACAUUAACACACAGACACACAUAUACGACACACAAAUAGGUCAACAGGUAACGUUACUACAGCAUUAGUCUCAACGGACACUUCUCAUCUCCCUCUAUCUAUCUGCAGGGCAUUAGGUGAAUCCUACUUAUUUGUGGCAAUAUCAAAAAUCUAUGUUUUCCUACAUGUUCAGCAACACUAACAUCAAUGGGUAUUUCUCAUGUGUCUCUGUUGUUUUUGUUGUUUAAAAGGGGAUGAAAGCCAUAAAAAAAGCAUGUUUUGUCACUAAUCUGGACAAGUUGAACACGACAAAACCGAAUCACAUUGAGGAGCGCACAGUACGCAAACACAGAAGAUGGCUGUUUGUCUUACCUGUUUGUUUCCAUGUGAAUCUGUAGCAAUCUCGCAGCGAUGCCAGCGGAGACGGCGGCGCCCGGCAACUAACGGGGGGGGGGGGCCUCUUUUCCCAAGACUUAGGGGGCCUCAGUCAGGCCGCUCGCUGGCAUCGCUCGCCUACAUCCACGAGCACAAAUGUGAGACUGUGCCAAAGAUAAGCGACCAGGUUGCUUCAUGUAGCCGAUACGACAGCCGACAAAAAAUAAAAAAAAAAGAGAAGAAGAAGUAGUAAAAGGAGAACAAGAGAGAGAGAGAGAGAGAGAGAGAGAGAAUGACCUUAAGUGUCAAAAUAAUUGUAAAACCCAAUGUGAUAUAUAUUCAUGCACUUAAGAUUAUUUAACGCCACUUAUAAUAGAAGCAUCAUGGGUAAAGACAUGGUUUAUUUCAAGAGCACUCAUAGUAUUUAAGAAUAGAUAUUUUAAAAUAAAAAAAAAAAAAAUGGUCAUGUUUAUCACCAUAGAGAUGGAUAGUGUGCCGGGUCUGAGGCAAUAUCUCCUUCAUUUUGUUGUUGUUGUUGCAUAAUGUAAACGUCCCUGAAACUCCCCCCAGUACUUCUGUCCAUAGACGUAGACACCUGGUAUAGAUAUCGGAGCUACCAGUAGCUACCACACCUUCCUCUUCAUUUGACAAUGUCAAAGAACUAUAUACAUAAACUGUGGGUUUUAGAUUUCUGUUUGUGUCUGUUUACCCUCACUCUACCCUCAUAAAGAUAUAAGCAAUUUGUCCCGCGUGGACAACUCUGUAAAAAGGUUAGAAAAUAUUUUAUUUUUUUCCUUUCUUAAUUGAAGCAAUUUGACCUGCAGGACUUUCUCAGUUAUAUUGCAUGGGUGCUUGUAAAUAAGAUAAAAAGCAAAUCUUUUUUAUUCAAAGAUCAUGUAAGAUAAACGAUGUAUUUAGCAUGAAGCAUGACUUAUUUUCAUAUAAACCUUGAUCCUAGAGGAAAGAAAAAAAGUUUUGCCGCCAAUUCUUAUACCCGUGAUUAUAUUGUUUAUUUGUUUUGUUUUGUUUUUGUUUCUUUUGAAUCUUUUGGGUUUUUAUUCUGAGCGGGCUUUUCAAAGACACGUCUUCAGGGAGGAGCGUGGGAGAUCACUCUGCAAUUAGUGGCCCUGAGGGUGCCGCCUCUGGGCUUCGGGGUUCAGGCUUACGUAGGCCAGCUGAAUCACCUCUUAGGGGUGGGCUUCCGUCUUCUUCUGCCUGUACAUUGAUUUUUUUUUUUUUUUUUUUUUUAGGUGUUCAGUGUUAACCCUAGUGUUAUUUCAGAACACAUGUGUAGAGUGUGUGAGUUUGUGUGCCCAGGAACACACACCCCUUUAACAUUGUGCCUGCCUGCCUUCCUGCCUGCCCUCAGUACCUCUGUUGUCAUGUCUCGGACAUGUUUUUUUUUUUGUUUGUUUUUUUUGGACAGAAUGUCUUUAUUUAUAACAGUAUUGUUCUUUUUUUCUCUCUCCUGUGUGUUUAAUGUACAUGUGUCCUUAAUUUUUUUCCCAUCGGCAUUGUUCAGUGUAAAUGUGUGGAUCGGACGGGCGAGGGAAACUUUUGUAGGUGUCCAGAAUGAACCUCAUAUCUCCAAAAAAAAAAGGCUACUUGGGAGUUUGAAAUGAAAAGAAGGAAAGAAUGUAGAUGGCAUAAAUGACUAAAAAACAAAAAAACGUUGGUUUCUUCAUUUACAUACAGUAUUUGUUAACCCUUUGAUUAAAGGACUUACCUGCCGUUGUGGAUGUCAAGCUUGCACACAGCCUAUUACAUAUUUAUCUCAAGAGCCCAAUCUGGAGAUCAGAGGUUGUUUUGGUUUUUUAUUAUUUUUUCUUAUAUGUUGCCACUCUACAACGUGUAUGUGUACCUCACUCAUCAUGAAAACACUGACUUGAUUGAAAUUUUACAACGGGCAGUUUGACAUUCUUUGCAUCAGAAGUGAUAUAGAUGCUGCGCUGCCAUUACUCGGCAUGCUUUUGCCUCAAACAGGAAUGCAUUAAAGUAUUAAUUUUGCCCCCCACCACACACACAACAUGCAUAAGAGCUUUGUAGGAGAAAAAAAACAUUGGCUGGUUGUAGCAGCGCAGUCACGCAAGGUUUUGUUAAGCUGUUGAGUGACUGUCAGCGAGCCGAGCAGGCAAACAAAUGCAUGUCCCAUCCUCUGGUACAGUCUUUGGCCACCUGUAGCAUGCAUCACUGGCUUUGCAUUUUGUAUGGUAUCCAUGCCGACGUAUUCAAAAAAAAAAAAAAAAAAAAAAAAAAGGCUAAAAGGAGACACUGUCAGUGUUCUUGUUGUGUGCCAUCCGUCUCUCGUCUGAUAUUUGUCUGAGUGCUCGCGCCGCCCGGGUCAAGCACUCUGCUGUAUUUCGCAGUAACAAUCCACUGUUGUGGUGACUAAUAACGUGUUCAGCUGGCAAGAGGCAUGUCGAGGGGAGGAUGCGUUGCUUCUAGCAACCACCUUUUUUCCUCUGACUCACUCAGUGACACGCAGGGAAGAUGAACUCCUGACCUACGAGUCCUGGAAAAACAGAGCAACACAUAAAAUGGGACGUUACAAAAGCAAAGGAAAUAUACUUCACUGCCUGAGAAUCCCCCCUUAAACAAGUGUUUCUUUCAAAACCUGCCAAUCAUCCGGUGAAAUGCUCUAAACAACAAAAAAAGAGUUGCCAUUCUUUUAUUAUUAUUAUUUGUAGAUGUUUUUAUUAUGCACAUUUUUCAUUUUCUGUUUUGUUUUCUCUCUGACAAAAGUUAUCUACAAUACUGCCAUUUUUUUUUUCCGGUGACUGUCUGAGCUGAAUAUUGGAAAGCCAUAGGUUAGAGAUGUCAAAAUGCAAAACUGUUAUUGAUCUGUGAGAUGUGAUGCGGAUACACCCAGGUGUUGGUUUUGUUUUUUUUUUUUCAUUUUCUUUUUCAGUAAAUGUUCAAUUCUCUCCUUAUUGUGCAAUCAUAUUGCCAAAGAAUGAUUUCAAGACCUAUUUCAUCACUACAUGUAAAUAUCAACGUUGUCCAAUACCGUGGCAAAAAAUAUAUAAAUGUUGUUUUAUUUUGUUUUCCAUUUUCUGAAAAACUGCAAUGAUGUUUAUGUGAUGUAUUGUCUUCCAGUUGGUUGCAAUAAUAAAAAAUACAA